ACUUCGCCGCCGUCUUUCGUCUUCGGUGCGGAGGAUCUGCCUGUCGUCUGGCCAGCCUGUACUUUCAUCUAUCCAUUGUGUGUUGUGCAUUGGUAAAAGUCCAUGUUUUGCGUGAAUUUUACGUGCAAUUUACGCGGUAAUCUGUGAACGAUAGCAUAAAGUUCGUGAUUUUCACGAUAAAAGUGAAUUUACCCGUGAAAACGUGCAUUGAAAGUCGCGUGUUUUUGUAAGGGGGCACACUGCUCUCGUUUUUGACAUCGCUCGAAACGUCGUUGUUGUGGUUGUAUUGUUCACCGUCGGUGCGAUAAAGAAAGGUAGAGUCGUCGGCAGCCAGCCAGCCAGUCAGUCAGUGUGUGGAUUCUCGGACUUGUAAAAAUUUCUGCUUCAUUCCGUGUUCGUCUGGUGUAGGGAUUGUGAGCACAGUUUUGAUUCCGAUUUUGUGGUGAAACUCUCGGUUCCAUCGGACAAUGAGCGUCGAGGUGGAAACGGCCAAUUCGCAGGAUGACUCCGCCAAACAGGUGAACGGCAGUUCCUCAGACCGCCCGAAUGGGGUGAGCAAUGGCCACUCGGAGAGCGGCGGCGGCGGCGGUGGCUCCAGCGACGAUCGCCGCAAGAGCCACAAAAGCUCCAGCAAGGAUAAACACCGGGACAAGGACCGGGAUCGGGAUCGCGAGAAGGACAAGGAACGCUCCAAGGACAAGGAUCGCGACCGGGACAAGGACAAGGAACGCUCCAAGGACAAGGAUCGUGAUCGCGACCGGGACAAGCACAAGAGCUCGUCGUCGUCCUCGUCGAAGGACAAAGAUCGCGACAAGGACAAGUCCAGCAGCAGUAGCAGCAAGGACAAGGACCGUGACCGGCACAGUAGCUCGCACAAGAGCUCAAAGAGCGAUAAGGACCGCGAGAAGGACAAGGAACGGUCCAAGGGCAAAGACAAGGAGCGAUCAAAGGACAAGGACAGAGAGCGGGACAAGGAUAAGGAGCGUUCGAAGGACAAGGAUCGUGAUAAGGAUCGCAAGGAUCGCGAUAAGGAGAAGUCUAGCAGCAGUAGUAGCAGCAAAGACAAGGAUCGCGACAAGCACAAGAGUAGUUCUUCGUCGUCGUCUCGUGAUAAGGACAAGGAGCGUGAUAAGGAGAAGAGCAAGAGCAGUAGCAGUAGUAGCAAGGACAAGGACAAACAUUCCAGCAGCAGUAGCAGCAAGGACAAAGAUCGUAAGGACCGUGAUCGAAGCGAUAAGCAUUCCUCAUCCAAGGAUAAGCAUCGCGAGAAAAAGGAAGAGAAGGUCAAGGAAGAGAAUGUUGAGGUGAAGGAAGAGAAACCAGAACUGAAGCAGGAAGAAACAAGCAUGUUCAACGGCCUUGCUAGUAACGAGUCAUCUCAGGAUGUUGCCGAGAUAAAGCAAGAGGAUCCUCUCAGCAUUUCCCAAGCCAGCUCUUGCGAUUACUCGAUGUCUCAGUUCCGUGCCGAUGAGUCACAGUUCGUCAUCAAGGAGGAAGCUCCUGAUCCAGAGCGCAAUGCCGAGGAGGACGAAGAACAGGAGGAAGCUGAGGAGCCAACUCAGAUGGAUGUCAAGCAGGAAUCGGAUUCAGAGGAUGAUGUUCCCCUAUCCAAGCGCAAGAAGAAGGACGACGAUGAGGACUUCGAUGGCGGCAACAAGAAAAAGAAAAUAAAGACCGAGAAGAAGGAUAAAAAGGACAAGAAGAAGAAGCGAGCCUACGAGUCUGAAGCGGAAGAAUUCGAUGAAGAAGAGGACGAAGAUUACGGUGCUGCCAAGAAGAAGAAAAAACAAGCGAAGCAAGUCAAAAAGGAAGUUAAGAAGGAGACAAAGACCAAGGUCAAAACCGAAGUGAAACAGGAGACUGCCAGUCCCACUAAAGGUCGCAAGAAGAAACAGGAAGAGGAGGAAGAAGUUUGGAAAUGGUGGGAGGAGGAAAAGCGCGAAGAUGGCGUCAAGUGGAACACCCUGGAACACAAGGGUCCGGUUUUCGCACCACCGUACGAUCCGCUGCCGGAAAAAGUCAAGUUCGAGUACGACGGCAAGGUGAUCAAGCUAUCACAGGAUGCGGAGGAGAUUGCCGGUUUCUACGCCCGAAUGUUGGAGCACGAAUACACAUCGAAGGACUCCUUCAACGAAAACUUCUUCAAAGAUUGGCGCAAAUCGAUGACCUCGUCGGAACGCGAGAAGAUCAAGGAUCUCAAAAAGUGUAACUUCCGCUACAUGCACAAACACUUUGCCGAAAUUUCCGAAGCCAAUCGGAACCGCACCAAGGAACAGAAGUUGGCCCUCAAGGAGGAGAACGAAGCCCUGAUGAAGGAAUACGGAACAUGUAUCAUCGACGGGCACAAGGAGAAGAUCGGAAACUUCCGUAUUGAACCUCCGGGUUUGUUCCGUGGUCGUGGUGAGCAUCCGAAAAUGGGCAUGGUCAAGCGACGCGUCUUGCCCGAGGAUGUGAUCAUCAAUUGCGGUAAGGAUAGCACUUGGCCUAAAGCUCCAGAAGGACACCGCUGGAAGGAAGUUCGUCACGAUAACUCCGUAUCGUGGUUAGCUUCCUGGACCGAAAACGUCCAAGGUCAGGUGAAGUACGUCAUGUUGAAUCCCAGCUCGAAGCUGAAGGGCGAAAAGGAUUGGCAGAAGUACGAAACGGCCCGGCGGCUGUUGAAGCACAUCGACAAAAUUCGGGACACCUACCGCGACGAGUGGAAGAGCAAAGAGAUGCGGAUACGGCAACGUGCCGUGGCCCUCUACUUCAUCGAUAAGCUCGCGCUGAGAGCGGGUAACGAAAAGGACGAAGACCAAGCCGAUACCGUCGGUUGCUGUUCGCUCCGCGUCGAGCACAUUGAUCUGCACAAGGAACUCAACGGCAAGGAGAACGUAGUUGUGUUCGACUUCCUCGGUAAGGAUUCCAUCCGGUACUACAACGAGGUAGAGGUCGAAAAGCGUGUGUUCAAAAACCUGGAGCUGUUCAAGGAGAACAAGAAACCCGGUGACGAUCUGUUCGAUCGGUUAAACACCUCCGUACUGAACGAGCACUUGCGUGAACUUAUGGAAGGCCUCACCGCCAAGGUGUUCCGUACGUUCAACGCAUCGUUCACGCUGCAGAACCAGCUGCGCGAGCUUACCGAUCCGGACAUGACCGUCCCGGAGAAGCUGCUGGCGUACAACCGAGCCAAUCGGGCCGUGGCCAUCCUGUGUAACCAUCAACGGGCCGUUCCGAAGACGCACGAAAAGAGCAUGUCCAACCUGAAGGAGAAGAUCCGGGCGAAACAGGAUGCGGUGGAAACGUGCGAGCGGGAGCUGAAGGACCUCAAGAAGAGCAACGUUCGCGACAAGGUCGCCAAAGACAAGAAGCAGAAACAGCUUGAGCGCCUCCGAGAGCAGCUGAAGAAGCUCGAACUGCAAGAGACUGACAAGGACGAGAACAAGACAAUUGCCCUGGGCACGUCCAAGCUGAACUAUCUCGAUCCCCGUAUUUCCGUGGCAUGGUGCAAAAAGUUCGACGUCCCAAUCGAGAAGAUCUUCAACAAAACGCAACGGGACAAGUUCCGGUGGGCCAUCGACAUGGCCGAUGAGAACUACGUAUUUUAAGCUGGUAAACGGAUCCGAAUCCGGUAUCCCCCAACUGUGAGAUAUCGUGUGGGGUUCCCUCCCCGAAUGUCCAUAAGAUAGUGCGUGUGUGUAUCGAUAAGGUAUACCCCUUCUCGUAAAAUUAGGGCAACUUUAAUUAUUCUAAUAACUACCCAAAAUGUUUCGUUUUUAGAAUCAUAUAAAAUUAUUUUUUUUAGUAAAACAAUUGUUAGUUUCAUACACCCAUUAUUGUCUUGGUUUUGGUGUCCAUUCCUCCAUGGGUGUGAUAAGACAGGGCAACCGUACAUACAUGCAACCAUCAACGCACACAGCUUUACGAAAUUGCCACAGUUUUGAGUACAGGAGAAAGGGUGCUCCGGAGUAAAUUCAGUUUGUAAAAAAUGGAUGUAUUUAUUUUAGAUGAGUAAUAAUAUAAAGUCUUAUAUAACACCCCUAAUAAGUGGUCGUUCCUUUUUCGGUCGAUCGUUUUUUUAAUCAUUUUUCCAAAUUGUGCCGUGAGUUAGUCCCUUCCCGAGAAUCUUUGACACGCCUGUUUCCCAAAAUUAAGAAUGGGAUUUUCUCCAGAUUCCAGAUUCAUCAUUUUAUAAAUUUUAUAUCGAGAGUGUACCUACUAGAUCAAUCAGCACGAAAGCUGGAUCUAGUUACAUCCUGGUACAAGAAUUUGAUGGAACCGUUUUCAAACAGGUGUAGCAAUAACAAUAUUGCACGAUAAGAGCCAGUCAGCAAUGGAGGAAUGCAUAAGAAUUGGUGAGCUCGUUUCAUUUUAUUUUAUUUAAUUUUUCAUUCUUGUACUUCGCAUUCGUUUCUGUCUUUAGCAAAAUUUCGAAUAUUUCGUUUCUAAAGCGAUGGUAUUCUCUGGAGGACUCUAUUCUGGCAUUACAGUUCUAAAAGAUAUAUAUUUUUAUGAAUAUUAAAACAUGCAUUUUCUCAAUUAGGAGGAAAUGGAGUAUAUUUUGUUGUUUUUAUGAGAAUUCCGACGGAAGAAAACUUUUCCAAUUCAUCACCUUGCGUCUUUUUGUUCCGAGAUAGGAACAGAGAUCGGGGCAUAACGCUACCAUUCAUGACCUUUAUCACAAGCAACUUUCGAGUGGGUGUGAUGAUGGACCAUGGUAUAUCGAUACCUGCUUACAAACGCAUACAUCAAUCAACAAACAAACUCUAAACAGUUGAAAAUUAUUUAUUUUUUGAGAACGAAAAGUGAGAGCAUCAUUUAGUUUAAAAUUCCCUUCUCUUCCCUGCGUGUGCACUAAGUACGUAUCUACUACCUACUUGUAUGUUUGUUUGAUCCGUUUUCCUUUUUAGAUUGUAAGUAGUAGCAAAAUUACACAUUACCAUGUGCGCAUAUGAUUGAUGCAGCAACAAUACAUUGGAAUUUGAACCGUACAGCAGAGUGUGAUUUGAUGAGAGCCAGGAAAAGCUCUUUUUUUACGUUUGCUAGGGAAUAGUUUAGAAAGAAGGCCCCCCAAGAGAGUGAUUUUCUUUGGAGGUAUGAUUUAAUCAAAUUAGUGCCCAAAAACUGAAGCCGAAAAAAUAAGACAUACAGUGUAAACUGAGUGGCAAUGGAAUGGAAGUCAACUUGCGAUACAAAAGUUCAUAUUUACAAACCAGAAAAAAAACAUAUAUUCGUAGUCCUUAAUAGGUAUUAUUGAAAUAACUAAUUAAUCAAGUAAAUACACAACCCCACACAAAAAUAAAAACCAACAAUUCCAUGGAAGAAGGAAAAUCAUUUCCGUAGUUCUUACCCCGUACCAUUGGUAAACGCAAAACCUUGCUAAGAAAAGGGAAACAACUCCGCAGCAACAAAAAAGUGCAGUAAAAACGACUAGAUUUAAGAUAAAAGAGGUUUUUAGCGAUAAGAAACAGAAAAGUGAAACUCCUUAUCUAAGCUACACAAGUCGAAACAUUGACAAACACGAAUGUUGAGAAGCAGAACAUCGCGAUGGAGAAGAUGUGAAAGUAUAGUGAUAGCAGAAUUCUGAGACGACGACAAGGAUCCAUUUGUAUCGAAGCACUGGAACUCUCUUUAUGAAAGAGAUCAGGAGGAUCGUUUCUGCGACGAUAAAAACACAAACAGACAACACAAACACACACACGACCAUAGACUUAACCUUGCAAAAAACACUUGUACACUCACACACACGUAUUGAACUAUUUGAAAUAAGUUUAAUAUCUGGUAGGUUCAACAAUCAAGAAAUCUGAAAAGAAUAAAUGCAAAAAAAAACACUAAAAUAAAAUACUAUAAAAAUUGA